UCCCCAAGUGGCCCAGGUCCCCGAGCAAUCAAGGUCAUCCUUCGCGCUCCACAUAUGCCCGCCCCGCGCACCGGCCGUGAAGCGACGGGUGAAAGCGGCCGAAAGAGAAAAGCGCGCCGGCUGAGUGAGGGAACGGCCGUCGGUCGGACAGGUAACGGAAAACAAAAGCUCCCAGUACAUGACUUUGCCGGGAGGCUGGUACAACGGCCGGGUGUGUGUGUGCGCGCGCGCUGCCAGCGUAAACGCCACCACGUUCAAGGCCCGUCGGACCGCUGACGGAGGGGCACCGCUCCUCGUUCGAGUCCCUCACUCACCCGGAUGUGACGUGUGAGAGUCGCUCGCGCGCGACGACGCCGAUAUGAUAUCACCGCCCGGUUCUGGAAAGCCAGCUGGGAGUGCCCCUGCGUCGUCGCUCGACUCGUGGGAGCGGCGGUAGCAGCAGCGUGCAGCUUGGAAGGAGUCGUCGCUUGUGUGUUUAUGCGUGCGCGUGGAACUGUCGCACGCAACUGGCGUCCGGCUGUGGCUACGGAUUCGGAUUGACGCUGCGGCAACGCAUCUGUGCAAUCGUCCGGAAGGGCUUUGUUCUUUCGUGCUGGUGGUGAUGUGUGUUGUGCUACAAGACAACGCAUGUCAACGCUGGGUAUCCGCGCGUGCUUUCGUUUAGAGUGCCGCGGCAGUCUCUUGAGGGUUCGUUGAGCCUUCGUGUUCGUGAGCUGCGCGGGUGUCAUUGCCUCCGAACGAGAGUUUCUGCUGUGUCGUCUGCUUCGCACAUCGUCUGCUACGCCCUUCACGGGACGACGCCAAUCUGGUUCUGCGAGUGGAUCGGUGUUACGGCACAUGCAGAAUCACUAUGUGCACUAUUACGAUGUUUGUGUUCUGCGUGUGUGCUCUUCCCGUCUGCAGAGAGCGUCCGGGCUACAGUUCGCGUGGGCAGCAGUAAUGCCUGCUACGUGCACAGACUGCCGAUGAAAGCCGGUUUCUGAUCGUAGGCGUCUCGGGCUGUUCGUUUUUCGGCGAAAGUGCGGUUGGUGUGUACAACGCGGUGCAGUGUGCAUCGGCGCCCGCGAAAUCUCUGCUACCGUGACUACUCCGAAGCGCCGAGCAGUGUGUAAAGUUAGUGUAUUCGUCGACCGGAGUCCUCCGGCACAUCAGCCAACAUGGUGUACCACUGGCAGAGCCAGCAGUACCGCACCAGCGGUGUGGAUGACAUGGUGCUCCUCACCAAGAUCACCGAGGACGCCAUCGUCGAGAAUCUACGGAAGCGAUACAUGGACGACCAGAUAUUCACCUACAUCGGUCCUGUGCUGGUGACCGUGAACCCCUUCAAGCAGCUGCCGUACUUCACCAACAAGCAGGUCGACCAGUACCAAGGCGCUGCCUCCUACGAGAACCCACCGCACAUCUACGCUCUGGCGGACACCAUGUACCGGAACAUGAUCAUCGACUCUGAGGGACAGUGCGUCAUCAUCUCAGGUGAAAGCGGUGCGGGCAAGACGGUAGCCGCCAAAUACAUCAUGGGCUACAUCGCCCAGGUAUCCGGCGGGGGAUCCAGAGUUCAGCACGCCAAAGAUGUCAUCCUGGAGUCCAACACGAUCCUCGAGGCUUUCGGCAACGCAAAGACUGUCAGGAACAACAACUCUUCGCGAUUUGGCAAAUACGUGGAGAUCCAGUUCGGCCGAGGUGGGGUUCCGGAGGGAGGACGCAUCUCCAACUUCCUCCUGGAAAAGUCCCGAGUCGUGAGCCAGAACCCGAACGAGCGAAAUUUCCACAUUUUCUACCAAGUCUGCUACGGCGCUUCUCCGGAGAUGAAGAAGGAGCUGGGAGUGGCCAACCCCGAUUACUACAGCUACCUGAACCAAAGUGGAGUCUACAAGUUGGAGGGAAUCAACGACGCCCACGACUUUCAAGAGACUCUGAAAGCCAUGACGGUGAUGGGCAUGAGCGAGGACGAGCAGACCCAGUUCCUGCGCGUCGUCAUGGGCGUCCUGCACAUGGGCAUGAUCACCUUCGUCGAGAAAGGGAACUACGCCAUCGUCGAGGACGAACAGUACCUGGAAUUUCCAGCCUACCUGCUGGGCCUGGAGACUGCACAGUUGGCCAAGAAAUUGACAAGCCGUGUGCUUGACUCCAAGUGGGGCACCCACUCGGAGAGCAUAGAGAUGCAACAGAAUGUUGAGCAGGCCAACUACAUCCGUGAUGCCUGGGCCAAGGCAUUGUACACACGCAUCUUUGACCGCCUCGUCGAUAUCAUCAACAAUGCCAUGCAGACCACAGCUGGCGAGCUCAACAUCGGCAUUUUGGACAUCUACGGCUUUGAAAUUUUUCAACGGAACGGUUUCGAGCAAUUCUGCAUCAAUUACGUGAACGAGAAGCUCCAGCAGAUUUUCAUCGAACUAACGCUGAAAGCUGAACAGGAAGAGUAUGUUCAAGAAGGAAUCCAGUGGAAAGCUAUUGACUACUUCAACAACAAGGUUGUCUGCGACCUUAUUGAAAGCAAGGUUCCCCCGGGAGUGUUCUCGGUGCUUGAUGACAUCUGUGCCACGAUGCAUGCCACAAGUGAAGGAGUGGACGCACACCUAUGCCACAAGCUCUCGAACCAAAUUGGCAACCACCCGCAUUUCCAACUGACUGGCGGCACUGGAUUUAUCGUGCAUCACUAUGCGGGCAAGGUCACCUACGAUGCAGAUGGCAUGUGUGAGAAGAACCGCGAUGUCCUGUUUCCAGAUGUCGUCAUGGUCAUGCAGAGUAGUUCCAACGCAUUCAUCAGGGGUCUUUUUCCUGAGAUUGUAUCUGGGACAGUCAAGGGUCGACCUACAACAGCUGGUUCCAAAAUAAAGAGCCAGGCCAACAAGCUGGUAGAUGCACUGAUGAAGUGCACACCACAUUACAUUCGCUGCAUCAAGCCAAAUGAAACAAAGAAGGCACAUGACUGGGAAGAAGAUAGGGUGAAGCACCAAGUAGAGUACUUGGGCCUGAAGGAAAAUAUACGUGUGAGGCGAGCUGGAUUUGCCUACCGGCGAGUCUUUGACAAGUUCCUGCACCGAUAUGCAGUCCUGACCAAAGAGACCUUCCCAAAGUGGCAUGGAAACAUCAAGGAAGGCAUCCUCCACAUUCUCAACAGUGUUGGCAUGGACAAAGACCAGUACCAGCUUGGGAAGACAAAGGUCUUUAUUAAGGCACCCGAGUCGCUGUUCCUGCUUGAAGAAAUGAGGGAGCGGCGGUACGACCAGCAUGCCCGGGUCAUCCAGAAGGCAUUCAAGAAGUACUUUGCCAGGCAGCAGUACCUGAAGCAAAAGCAGAAAGCGGCAGACAUCCUGCAAGGUCGGAAGGAGCGGCGUCAGCACAGCCUGAACCGCAACUAUGUUGGCGACUACAUUGGCCUGGAUCACCAUCCGGAACUGAGGGUGCUCAUCGGAAAGCGAGACAGGGUGGAAUUUGCAGAGACAGUUCUCAAGUAUGAUCGCCGUUUCAAGCCUGUGAAGAGGGAUCUCAUCUUAACUCCCAAAUCCCUGUUUCUUAUCGGCCGAGAAAAGAUUAAGAAAGGAAAUGACAAGGGCAAGAUCAAGGAAGUCAUUAAGCGCAAGAUUGACCUUGAAAACAUUUCUCAAGUGACGACGAGUACUCGUCAGGAUGACUUCAUAGUGUUGCAAGUGAAGAAUGAGUUUGACACUUUCAUUGAAUCUGUUUUCAAGACUGAGUUCCUCUACACUCUUGACAAAAAAGUUCGGGAAAAGUGCCAGCGGCCACUGAACCUGCAGUUCUCUGACAAGCUGGAGUACCGAGUGAAAAAGGAAGGUAUUUUUGGUGGCGGCUCCACCAAACAGGUGCAUGUCACCCAAGGCCAAGGUGACAAAGCUGUUCUAAAGGUCACUGCAGGUGUUCUCAACGUAAGCAUCGGCCCUGGAUUGCCAAAGAAUUCAAGACCCUCGGAGCGUACCGCAUCUUCGGGACCAAGGCCAGUGAGGGUCAGCGCCUCAAGAACGCAGCAGCCCAGUGGAAACAAGUUGAAGGAACACAACGGCAGAGGCAGGACUGUGACUUCUGCAGCAUCUGCCAGAACUCCAAAUGCCGCUCUUGCAGCUGUCAUUGGAGCAAGAGGUGCAAGCAGUGCGCAGAGGCAUGCUCCAAACCUACCACGUACCGGUCAUAGUCAGCACAAAAGAGUUUCCACAGAAGGAAAUGGCACUUCAGAUUACAUGAGACCUCCUGAAGCAGGCAUGUCAGGGGAAAAGCGGAAGAACUCCAAGAAAGCUCGGCCAGUUCCAGGUGGUGGUAAGCCAAAGCCUCCAAGCCGGCCAAAGCCUGCAGUCCCCACGUGCAAGGCUUUAUACGCUUACGAUCCUCAGGACACAGACGAGCUGGCAGUUGGAGAAGGCGACAUCAUUGAAAUCCUCAAAGAAGAUCCAUCAGGCUGGUGGCUUGGGCGACUAAGAGGCAAGGAGGGGCUCUUCCCUGCCAAUUACGUGGAGCGUAUCUGAUCCUGUGUGUUACACACAUUUCCUACUUUUCCUUUGCAUCACGCUUGAAAGCAGCAAAUUGUCAAGUGUGAUUAAAAGCCAUAAGACCUCAAAGACAUUCUUCAUGGGGAUUCUGCUUAUGUUGUGAAAGGUGGAGUUUGCAUCUUUCAUUGAGUGGUAACUGGAGAGGCCUAGAUGAAUGCUGGGAUAUGUACUCUCUUGUUGUGUUAGUACUAUAUGAUGAAAGUGAAGAUGUUUCAAUGCCAUGAAUGUGCACAGCUCCAGAGCACCAUUAACAAGAUCUCUGGUUUAGCAAGCACAAAUGCUGGGUCACUUUGUAAUUUUCCAUGAAGCUUGCAGUAUGAAGGACACUAGGUGAAGGAAAAGAACACGUUGGGUUAAAAAAAAAAGGAUAUAAGUGUUGAGGUGGUCAGAACUGUUUUCUUCAGCCUAGUGUCUUUUGCGCUGUAGCCACUAGUUUUGCAAAAGCAUUACAAAUGUAAAUGUUUGCAAGUGCUUUUUUUUUUCCCCUUUGUGCAUGCCUAACCUUGCAGAGCUGUGUAAAGAUUGUGAACAAAUGUCCUUUUCUUUGCCUGUGCUUGUCACAAAAGAAAGCUGUCAUUAAAGUUUUCUUUUCUUUUUCUUCGGA